CAACACACAACUUCAUCGCCAUCGUGAGGGCUUGCGCGCCUGUAAUCCUGGUCGCUAGACCCCACCGUCCCCUCAAGCUUGCGUCAGAAGAAAGCAGAGAACAUGGAAGAACAGCAACAGCAAAACGUCCUCGCAGCCGCCUUCCCAACACCCCCUCCCUUCUGGCAAUCCUUCACCCCUGAGAACCUCUCCUCCAUCUCCUCUCUGCGAGCUGCCGAACCCCAAUCAUCAUCCUCUAAAGUCGAACCAGAUCCCGCGACUGAGCUCCCCAUCCGACUCCUCGACCUCCCCGCCGAGCUGCGAUGCCUACAACCACCCGAGCCGCCUGUCGAGGGUCUUUACAGGUGUUUUGGGGAUCUGUAUAACAUGAACGAUCCAUUACCAAGUCUCGAAGAACAAGGAAUCGAGCAACUCUACACACCACCACUAACACCCACCUCCAACAACGGCGGAAAGCACACCGAUCGCGCGCUGAUCCUAAAACGAAUCGCCAAAUCUCUGCUGCUGAACUUUCUGGAAUUGGUGGGCAUCAUGAGUGUCAAUCCUGAGCAGUACCAAGAAAAGAUACAGGACUUAAGGACACUAUUCAUCAAUUUCCACCACCUUUUAAACGAAUAUCGACCGCAUCAAGCGAGAGAAAGUCUUAUUCAGAUGAUGCAGACUCAAUUGGAGAGGAGUAGAGCGGAGACACAGGGCAUCAGGGAGAUGAAGAUGAAGGUUGAGGGGAUACUCGAGGGACUCAGUCACGCUAAGUUGGCGGAGGAGAAGGAGAAUGAGGAGAGUGGGAACGAGGUGGUGGAGGAUAGGAGGGAUGUUUGGGAGGCGUUGGAGAGAGAGUUUGGUUGAACGCUGUUGCAGAUGUUGGAUGGAUAUCUUUGGGCAAGCAGAACUGAGGACAUUUCGGCAUAUGGAAGAGUUGUACGAUACCCAGGAGAUCGCACAAUACCAUCAAACCUCGAGAGAGACAAGGAGACACCAUCGAUUCCCUGAAAGACUAUCG